AUGCUCGCCGAGGUUCGUUGUUAUAUUGAGCUUUUACAAGCCACGUCAUUCCAUGAUUUUUCGACUGAAGACAGAAGUAAGGCACUUCUAGCUUUCAAAAAGGUCUCCCAAAUGGUGAUUCGAAACUUACAAAUACCUGUGUCCACGAAUAACAAUGUCGGUGACGGUAUGAUUGCUUCCAAUUUUGGCGUGAACGCGCAGGGGAUCACUGUCAUCCGAGAUGAGGACACUAAGGAGUGCGAAACCAACGCGUGGGUACCCCUGACAAAGCUACUCCACAGAGAUCGAGUUUGCGGAGUCAUCAGUUGUAGUGAUGAGAAGCAGCUCAAACCAACAGUGAUCUCAUUGCAGAAUGAAGUUAGAUACAAUGAGUUCGCUGAACAAAUAUCUCUGUCGCACCCCUCACGCCUCAUGAGGAUGAAACAUCCGGCGAUCAGGCUCACGGAACAGUUCCGUUACCGCCCUGUAUGUAUUCGCUUCGUGGCCAAAUUGGAGAACGUAUGGGCAGAUGUUGCAAAGCCAUGA